AUGCCGCCUCACUCGCUGGCACCUCAUUCUCUCACGUUCCGCACUCCCCCUACUUCGCACGCCCUACUUCGCGUCUACUCCCCGCCGUCGACUCUCUCCUCCCAUCCGCCAUCGCCUCAACGUCCUCUUUCCCCACGCCGUCGCUUCUCCUCUUUCCCCACGCCGUCGCCUCUCCUCUUUCCCCACGCCGUCGCUUUUCCUCUUUCCCCACACCGUCGCCUCUCCUCUUUCCCCCACGCCGUCGCUUCUCCUCUUUCCCCACGCCGUCGCCUCUCCUCUUUCCCCCACGCCGUCGCUUCUCCUCUUUCCCCACGCCGUCGCCUCUCCUCUUUCCCCACGCCGUCGCCUCUCCUCUUUCCCCACGCCGUCGCCUCUCCUCUUUCCCCCACGCCGUCGCCUCUCCUCUUUCCCCACGCCGUCGCCUCUCCUCUUUCCCCCACGCCGUCGCCUCUCCUCUUUCCCCCACACCGUCGCUUCUCCUCUUUCCCCACGCCGUCGCCUCUCCUCUUUCCCCACGCCGUCGCCUCUCCUCUUUCCCCCACGCCGUCGCCUCUCCUCUUUCCCCCACGCCGUCGCCUCUCCUCUUUCCCCCACGCCGUCGCCUCUCCUCUUUCCCCACGCCGUCGCCUCUUCUUCCUCUCUUGCCGUCGCCUCUCCCCACUCGAGCAAAUGCCUUCGUUCCCCCGCUUCAUUUUUCGCUCUGAUUCGCCCGUUGUGCUUUCCCAUCCCUUGUUCACCCUGCAACUCACCCAAGCGACACGGCAUAUCCCCAUCGAGCAAGCCUCGUCUCCAUCCAUCAUCUUCUUCACCUCGCUCUCCGAGGCUAUAUCAACCUGCAGGUUCCUUUACAGCAGCACUCUUCUUCUCACCAUCGUCCACCCCUCCCAUCACUGUAUCCCUCCUUGCGGUGCCAUGGAGGGAGGCGCAGCAGCAGCAGCAGCAGCGCCGGCGAGCAGCACGGCCUUUUCCCUGCCACGCUUCUACGACUACCCUCCCUACUUCACGCUGCAGCCGAUCAAGGCGACGCGAGAGCGGCAGGUGCGGCUGUGGGCGGAGCUGAUCGUGGCGUGGUGCCGCCACCACCGCACGCUGCUCGUGCCCCUCGACCACUUCCCCCUCUUCCACCACCCCGCCAUCCAGCGCAAACUGACGUUCGAAGCACGGCAGGUCUUUCUCGAGGCUCUCGUGGCAGAAGGGCGGGCAGAGUGGACGGAUCGCAGUCGAACGCGGUGCCUCAUCCUGUGGAAGUCCAUCAACGACUGGGCCGACACGCUGCUGCAAUUCGUGCGCGAGAACGGAUUUGGGGAUUCUGUUUUGACACUCGAGGAAAUACGAGCAGGGGAUGACACGAAAGGGACAG